GUGAACCCCCGGGGGUACCCGGCGCAGCAAUCGUUGGUGCGCUGUGUCACUAAGACAUAGCGGAUCACCAAUCUCAGUAAGGAGCCGAUGACACAGGCUCUAUCAUGUGAUCAGAUGUGUCCAAUCACAGCUGAUCACAUGGGACAUCUACACUGAUCAUCAGGGCACUGAUGAUCAGUGCCUUGAUGAUCAGUGUAGCCCCAUCAGUGCCACCUGUCAGUGUCCAUCAGUGCUACCUGUCAGUGCCCAUCAGAGCCACAUCAAUGCCACAUAUCAGUGUCCAUCAGAGCUGCCUUUCAGUGGCAACUAUCAGUGCCACCAGUCAGUGCCACCUAUCAGUGCCAGUCAUUGCUGCCCAUCAGUGCUGAUCAGUGCCGCCUAUCAGUGCCCAUCAGUGCUGCCUAACAGGUCCAAUCAGUGCCACCUAACAGUUCAAAUCAGUGCCGCCAAUCAGUGCCAGUCAGUGCCCAUCAGCG